CGCGUCGGUCUCUGCGCAGACGUAGGAAGCGAACUGUAGGUAGGCCAAUGUCUGGAGCCGCGUGGACCUGAGGGCGGGAAGGCCCCGCGUAGAUUCGCGGGCUCGCUGUACAGCACAGAGGCCUUCCCCGAGGAUGGAGACCAUCCGCGCAGAUUUUUACGGGCGGCAGCAUCUGAACUUGGUUUCGGAUCCAGUAUUUCAUCUUCUACGUUAGCUGAGAACCAACUCUUGAAGGCGUACUUAGUUUUGUGAAAUUUUUUUAAUGCGGAUUUUUACGAUUAUUAAAGUUAGGAAAGGAAAUAGCCUUCCAAAAUACGUGUGGGUCAGUUAAUAGUAGGAAAAAGGAGGAAGUUUUGCAUUAUGCAGAACGCGCCUCUAAAAGCUAACAGUGGGCCUGAUUAGUGAUUCUUUUUUGUUUUUCCCCUUACGGGGGAUGGAACUCAGGACCUCGCGCUUGGGAGGCAAGUGCUUAUACCGCUGAACUAAAUCCCGGACCCCUGAUUGAUAAUUCUCUAGCCAAAGUGGUGGUCGCUUUAGAAAUGGGCUUUUGUGUGUAAUUUCUGCACUGUGAAAAGAGAGUUAAAGAAAGCGAGUAAGCGCAUGACCUGCCAUAAACGUUAUAAAAUCCAGAAAAAGGUUCGAGAGCACCAUCGAAAAUUGAGAAAGGAGGCCAAAAAACGGGGUCACAAGAAGUCUAGGAAAGACCCAGGAAUUCCAAACAGUGCUCCCUUUAAGGAGGCUCUUCUUCGGGAAGCUGAGCUAAGAAAACAGCAGCUUGAAGAAUUAAAACAGCAGCAGAAACUUGAUAGGCAGAAGGAACAAGACAAGAAAAGAAAACUUGAAACUAACCCUGCUGAUGAGCCAUCUAACAUUGAAUCUAAAGAGGAAUUUGGACAAAGCAAAACUAAGCGACCCAAGCUGACCAAACAGAGUCCGAAGACAGUCCAUUAUCAGGAACUUAAAAAGGUGAUUGAGGCUUCAGACAUUGUGCUAGAGGUAUUGGAUGCUAGAGAUCCUCUUGGUUGCAGGUGUCCUCAAGUAGAAGAGGUGAUUAUCAAGAAUGGGCAUAAAAAGCUGGUACUUGUAUUAAAUAAAUCAGAUCUGAUACCAAAGGAGAAUUUGGAGAAUUGGCUAAAUUAUUUGACGAAAGAAUUGCCAACAGUCGUGUUCAAAGCCUCAACAAAUCCGAAGGACAAAGGGAGGAUAACCAAGGUGAAGGCCAAGAAAAAAGCUUUUCCAUUGAAAAAUAAUGUUUGUUUUGGCAAAGAAGGUCUUCGGAAAUUUCUUGGAGGUUUUCAACAGACUUGUGGCAAACCUAUACAGGUUGGAGUAAUUGGUUUCCCAAAUGUGGGGAAAAGCAGCAUCAUUAAUAGCUUAAAACAAGAACGAAUAUGCAAUGUUGGUAUAUCCAUGGGGCUUACAAGGAGUAUGCAGGCUGUUCCCUUGGACAAACAGAUCACAAUCAUAGAUAGUCCAAGUUUCAUUGUGUCACCACUUAACUCCUCCGCAGCCCUUGCUCUUAGGAGUCCAGCAAGUAUUGAAGUAGUAAAGCCACUGGAAGCUGCCAGUGCCAUCCUGUCUCAGGCUGAUGCUAGACAGGUAGUUCUAAAAUACAAUGUCCCAGGCUAUGAGAAUGCUCUGGAAUUUUUUACUAAUCUUGCUCAAAGAAGAGGUCUACACCAGAAAGGUGGAAGCCCAGAUACUGAACGUGCUGCCAAACUGCUGUGGUCUGAGUGGACAGGUGCUUCGUUGAGUUACUAUUGCCAGCCCCCUACUUCUUGGACCCUUUCUCCGCAUUUUAAUGAAAGUAUUGUGGCAGACAUGAAAAAGGGCUUUAAUCUGGAGGAACUGGAACAGAACAAUACACACAACAUACAAGCCAUCCAGAGCCCUUGUUCAGCCAAUAGCGUACUUUUUUAUUCUUCGGGUCUGACAAAUGGAAUAAUGGAGGAGAAAGACAUACCUGAAUUGCCCGGACAGAAGAGAGAAAGAAAACAAGAGGAACGAAAGGAUGUGAAAGAUACGGAAAAGAUCUCAGACAUGUCACCUGUAGAAGAGACAGGAGAGGAGGCACUACCAGAGGAACCUAUCAUAGCAGGUGACCCGUCUAUAAGACCUUGUAUUAUCUUGGAUGAAAAGACUAAAGAGGAUGAUGCUUACGACUUCAGCAGAGAUUAUGUGUAACAGAACUCAUCAUUUUAUAAGGAUUUUCUUGACAUUUCAGGCAAAUUGCUAACCAGUUGUAUAUGUAUAAUGUGCUGAUUUUGGUGUGGCAUAACUUGUAAAAAUUUUGUGAAUAUGUAUCUUGUACACAUUAAAGUGAUUAAACAAUUUACAAA